UCUUUGUAGGCAAGGCGUCUUCUGUCCUAGCGAUGGCGUAUAAACAAAAUUAAUUGACUGCUCGUCUGUUAAACCUCCCCUCCCAUUCGUCUCCCCCCUUCCCUUCUUCUUCCUCUCCCCUAUCUCUCUCCGUCAAUUAACUCUUUUCUCCGUCAAAACAGUUAAAUUCUCCGUCCACCGACUUGGCCAAUCCUCCUAAUCGGCGGCGAUUCUCGUCUCCUCAGAUGACUCUACGCCGUUCAGAUUCACCAAUCUCUCACCACCGAUCACCUCUCUCCGACAACCACAAACGCAAACUCGACGAUUACGCCUCCUCCGAUCACCCCCUCGAUCUCCUCCACAAGAUGAAGCGCCACGAGGCCGACGCCGAUCGCAUCUCCCCCGCGUCCCUCAAACAGCCCUUCACAUACAACACUCCCGAUCGCUCUCUCUACACUCCCGGCGAGUGCUCCUCCUCCUCCUCCUCAUCCUCUCUCCCCUCGUCGACUCGGCUGCAGCUCUUCGUGAGGAUGAUGUCCGGAGGCAAAACGAUCGUGAUCCACGCCGACCGAAACGACACCGUCGAGCAUCUCCACCACAGAAUCCAGCUCAAGACUCACAUCCCCGUCGCCGAGCAGCGAGUCAUCUACAAAGGCAAGCAGCUACAGUUCGAGCACACUUUAAACCACUACUCGAUCGAGCAGGACUCUUCCUUGCACCUCGUGGGGCGUAUGCAGAGCACCGAGCACCCCGUCGCCUGUCAGACCGUCGACGAGAUCAUGUCCACCGUCUCUCGGAUGCACAGAGGCGAGAAUCUCUACGUGGGCCGAACCAACAUCAACGACAAGCUCGUCAAGUUCUUCGCCAGGAUUCCCGCCGAGAGUAACCGUUCCGCCGCCAAGUAUCUCAAGAUCUUCUCCAACUCUUCCGUUCCCGCCGCGCUUGUGAUGCUCUUCCUCUCUCCUUUGGAUAUCAACAGAGCUUGUGGGAAGAGCUCGAUUAAGCUCUUUUUGAACAGUUGCGUGUCGUUGCCGAUGCAUCAGCAGAACAGUUGUUUGCCUGUGGUGUUGGAGUUCUGUAGAUUGCUUAGGGGAGCUUGUCCAACUGAUAAUAAACUCUAUGUGUCGUGUCGGAACACCUUGGGGUCGAUGCUGGAUUUGGUGUGUAAAUCUGAUGAGUUUCAGUUCAGGUUGUUUACGAUUGGGGAGGAGAUUUACCCUUGUGUGACCGAGUUAGCUGAUGUUAUAGGGAAAGAGUUGGUAGAGAACACAGGGCCUAGUUCGUCUGAUGUUCAUAAGUUUUCUUCCUUUUGGCAGCCCUUGAAAGUGGCUAUUACAGCUCAGCUUCCCUGCUUGUUUCCCCUUGCUAUGCCGCCUCUCCGGAACACUGUGAUGGAAGUGGAGAUAGGAAAGGUUUAUCAGAUAUUCAGAAGGUUGUUGACUGUAAUGGACACUUGUAUGUCUAAGAUCGAAUCUUUUUUGGGUGGGAGAGGAGUUGUCAACACGGAAGCAGCUAUGUCUGCGUCCUGGUCUCAGUAUCUUGCUAUUCUGAAGAUUAUGGAUUCGAUGUGUGAGCUCUAUCUAGGUGCCAAGGAACAGCUAGCUACUCUUCUAAACACCAGGAAGGUUUCAUUCAGCGCCCUCGUUCUGAAAUUCGCGAAAAGAGAGGAUGAUCACCAGUGGAUCUUUGACUACAAGGAAGCUACGACCUUUGAAUCCAGGAGGCAUUUAGCAAUGCUGUUGUUUCCUGACGUGAAAGAGGACUACGAUGAGAUGCAUGAAAUGCUCAUCGAUCGGUCCAAUUUGUUUGCUGAGUCGUUUGAGUACAUAUCGGGGGCAACCCCAGGGUCACUUCAUAGUGGACUGUUUAUGGAAUUCAAGAAUGAGGAAGCUACAGGUCCUGGUGUUCUGAGAGAAUGGUUCUAUUUGGUAUGCCAGGAGAUAUUCAAUCCCCGAAAUGCUCUCUUCCUUCGAUCUGCUGAUGAUUUCAGAAGAUUCUCUCCUAAUCCAGCAUCUAAGGUGGAUCCAUUACAUCUAAGUUACUUCGAGUUCACUGGUCGUGUGAUUGCUUUAGCUUUGAUGCACAAAGUUCAAGUAGGGGUGCUAUUCGACCGUGUAUUCUUCACACAAUUGGCCAACCCGGAAAUCAGUUUGGAAGACAUCAAGGACACGGAUCGAGUCAUGUACAACAGCUGCAAACAGAUUCUAGAGAUGGAUCCAGCGUUUUUCGACUCAAACGCCGGUCUUGGUCUAACUUUUGAGCUGGAAACAGAGGAGCUGGGGAAAAGGGAAACAGUGGAGCUACUUCCAGGCGGGAAAUCCAUUGCUGUCAACAGCCAGAACAGGGAACAAUACGUCAAGCUCCUAAUCAAGCAACGAUUUGCCGCGUCAAUCUCCCAGCAUGUAGAGAGAUUCUCCAAGGGCUUCUAUGAUAUCCUUUCGGACUCUGUACCUGCUUUUUUCAAACGAAUAUAUUUGGAGGAUUUUGAUGGGAUGCUUAGAGGAGGGGAGAGCCCAAUAAGCAUAGAUGAUUGGAAAGCUCAUACAGAGUACAAUGGUUUCAAAGAGACUGACCGCCAAAUAGACUGGUUCUGGAAGAUUAUGAAGAAGAUGACUGAGGAAGAAAGGAGGAGUGUACUCUUCUUUUGGACAUCGACUAAGUUUAUACCAGUUGAGGGGUUUAGAGGGUUAUCAUCAAAGCUCUAUAUAUACAGAUUGCAUGAAGCUAAUGAUCGUCUUCCAACGUCUCAUACUUGCUUUUACCGUCUCUGUUUACCAAAGUACCCGACGAGUGCUCUCAUGGAACAACGUCUUCGUUUCAUCGCUCAAGAUCAUGUCAGCUCCAGCUUCGGUAAAUGGUGAAUAAAAUUAUGGAAAUAAUAUCUCUCUCUGAUCUUUAGGUUGGUAGAUUGGUGCUUUUGGUGUAUAGCUAGAUUUAGCUGUGGUCAAGCUCUGUUUAUGACCGGGAGAGGAAGGUGAAACCUUUCUUAAUUUAUGUGUUCUAUAACUAAUGUAUAAAUUAAUUGAAUUUGGAAACU